UCUCUUUUUCUCCCUUUCUUUAUUCUCACUUUGAUAAUCAUCUUUAUCUUCACUUGUUACCUGUCAUCUUGUUUCAUCUUCUUCUCGGAACAAAAAUGUGAAUCAAUUAAAAUAAUCAUUAAAGUUGAUUAUUGGUCUUGGAACAUCUUAUUAGUCACUAAUAGUUUAUCAUGUUAACCAUUAAAUUGUUUCUUCAUCUAAAGAAUUGCCAAUGUUUAAUAUUGAGAAAGAGAAACAACAAUUUUUGAUUCUCUUUUCUCAUUCUCAUUCUCGUUUGUUGUUUUCUCCAUUUACAUUUUUCUAUACAAUUAAUUCCAUCAGAUUUUCUAUUCUUUUCUUCAUCUCUGGUAAAUUAUCCCUUUGAUCGUAAAUAUUAUCAUUUGGUGGUGGUACACUUGUUAUAAAAUAAAUACCAUGGAAAAGAGUAAAAGUGAUAAACAUUUAUUAAUCCAUGUUGGUACUAAGAUUGAAAGUAACGAUGUGAAAAUAUUACACUACGAAGGAAAAGAUUCUUGGUUUGGUAAUCGAGAUGUACUUAAAUAUGGUUCUUUAAUUACGUUAACAAUACAAAAUUGUACCCUUAAUUUAUUGAUGAGAGCCUCGCGAACCCAGAAGGAAUUAUUUAUCACAUCAACGGCUGUUAUCUUAGCUGAACUGGUCAAAUUGAUUACCUGUAUUGGAAUGGUCUAUUCUAAUGAAGGUUCAUCUAAAGGAGCCAUUAAAACAAUCAACAAUCAAAUAAUUAAACGUCCCCUGGAUACAUUAAAAGUUGCAGUUCCUUCCAUCAUCUAUUACGUUCAAAAUAAUCUUCUCUAUCUUGGUGCAACUCAUUUGGAUGCAGCUACUUGUCAAAUAAUUUAUCAAUUAAAAAUUUUAACCACCGCCCUUUUCUCAGUGGCCAUGUUGGGUAAACGACUUUACCCCCAUCAAUGGAUUGCAUUAGUAUUAUUAUUCAUUGGUGUAGCUCUUGUUCAACUACAACAAACAGUAUCAAUAUCAUCAUCAUCUCACCAUCAUCAACAACAACAACAACAAACACCAGAGGAAAUAGUUAAAUCAACUCACAUUAAUCAAUCUCCUUUCAUUGGAUUCAUGGCUAUUCUUACAGCCUGUUGUCUCUCAGGUUUUGCUGGUGUUUAUUUUGAGAAGAUAUUAAAAGGAGAAAUAUCUCUUUGGAUUCGAAAUGUACAAUUAAGUGCCCUUACAAUUCCUUUCGGUUUAAUUGGGAUACUUUUCACCGAUUUUGGACCAAUUUCUGAGAAAGGUUUCUUUUAUGGUUACAGUCCUCUCGUUUGGACGGUCAUCUUUUGUCAAGCUCUUGGUGGACUUCUCUGUGCCGUGGUGGUCAAAUAUUCUGAUAAUAUUAUGAAAGGUUUUGCCACCUCUUUGGCCAUCGUAUUAUCAUGUGUUGUCUCAAUGUUUUUCCUCGAUUUUCAUCCUAGUUCACAAUUUAUUCUCGGUGCAUUAAUUGUCAUGGCUUCAGUAUUUCUCUAUGGAAGGCAAGUUCCCUCAUCAAACUCUUUCGCCAAAACCUCAAGUUAAUUAACUCUAAUCAUCUUAACCAAUCAUCCAAAAGCAAUCAUCAUGGUAUAUAAAUUAAUUUACUACACAUAUAUAUUUAUUUAUUUAUUGUCGGUUUGUUGUAGUUCAACUUUUACCUUGAAUCUUUAUUGCAGUUGAUUAAAAGGUUAAUCUUUAA